UGAGAGCCUCCCUUGUGGGAAAGGAGAGCCAUAUAUGGAGUAUAAGCGAAUGUCGUGUCAAGAGCGAAAUGGCCAACUAUGUAAAUUUUGCGAGAAGGAUGAGACUACCAGCGGUCCACUUCCAAAUCGACGACCAUAUCCCGACGAUGGCAAGCUACCAAACUUCCAUUAUCUCUCCUGGAGUGCAACCCCCACCAAUGGCCGUGAGCCGGAAGACUUUCAGCCUCGAGCUCAGAUUAAGCAAUUGUUUGAGGAAAGUGAACCAGUCAGUGGGGACAGUGAGGCUAUUAGGAAGUUUUCAGAUAAACACAUUGUCCCCAAAAAGCUUGUGGCAGAGUAUGUUGAGCACCUUACCCAGAUAAAAAUGCGCAAGGGGAAGAAGAAAGAGGAGACUGAAAGGGAGCGAAUGGAACGGCUGAACCGGGAGCACAACGACAUUGACUGGGUUGGACUGUACAACUCCGAUAAGCUGUCGUCCUUGAGGGUGGACGAGCUAUCCUUGUACUUUUCCCAUCACAAGAUCACCUUCAAAGGGAAGAAAGCUGAGAAGGUCGCAAUGAUCAAAGCGCACAUUGCCAGCUUGCUGUACGAUUCAAUGGAGUGUCAACAACCUCGGCAGCCCCUGCUAAGAAAUAUGCAGCGACAAGUGAUCUCGUCACUUUCCGAGGCUGAAACUGACUCGCAAAGUGAUGCAGCAGAUCAAGCUGUCGGUUCAAGCCCGAGUAGCUUAAGUGACGAAUCGUCACUGGAGACUGAUUUUAUACCAGAACCCCACGCGGAAUAUUACCGCCGUCAAAAUAUGGACGAAGGCGGGCACGGGUCGAGAGAGACGAUUAUGUUAGUUAGGAGAAGAUAG